AUGGACGCCUCCUCCCUCCGCAUCUCCAAGUUCGAUGGAACUAACUUCCACGCCUGGAAGUUCAAGAUGCAGAUGGUGCUGGAGGAACGGGACCUAUGGGAGGUCGUCAGCGGUGAGAUCAAGGCGGAACAGUGCGAGACUCAGUUGGACCAAGCGACGUACAAGAGGAAGUCAAGAAAGGCGAUGGCAGUGAUCUGUCUAGCCAUGGAAGAUUCCCAGCUACCGUUGGUCCGGUCGACAAGUGGUGCAUGCGACGCAUGGUCAAGGUUGGAAGACCACUUCGAGAAGAAGAGUCUUGCCAACAAGCUGUUCUUGCGCCGUCGCUUCUUCACGACAAUGAUGGAAGAAGGCGACGAUGUGCUCGAACACAUCAACAAGCUCAAGACGCUGGCGGAACAGCUAGAAGCGGUGGGGGCUCCAGUCUGCGAGGACGAUCUGGUGAUCACACUCCUCGGCAGCCUGAGUGACUCGUAUCAAUUCUUGAUCACAGCUUUGGAGUCGCGCUCAGACACUCUUAGCUGGGAGCUCGUGACGUCUCGACUGCUUCAUGAAGAAAUGAAGCGGAAGGAGCAAGGAAGUAAAGGUGAUGAAGCUUCGCAAGGUCAAGCGUUCAUCACAAGGGACAAUCAGCGCAAAGGGCGACCAGUGAAGAAGUCCUGGCCGUGCCACAAUUGCGGAAAGAUUGGUCACUGGAUGGCGGAGUGCCCCUCGCGCAUCCAAGAAAACACGGAGGGACACCGGCCACAGCGCGCUCAAGACAGUGGCGACCGUUAUCGAUCACAACGUGCAAACGUCGCUCAAGAAGAAGACUCGGGCGACUACCUCUUUUCGAUCGGUGAAACGACAUCUGCGAAAUCGAGCGACAUCUGGCUGGUCGACUCCGGGGCGACGCAGCACAUGACGUGCUCCAAGAAGUUCAUGCGGAACUACAAGGGAUGA